AUGGAUGAAUCAUUUCAGCAAGUAUAUGAAGUAUUUGAGCUUGUACAUGAGGUAUUUCAGGAAGAAAUAACGGCCGGUAUUUUGGAGAGUACCGGUCCACUGAUCGGUAAUUCACCUCAUAUUCGUUCGAGUGAAUUUCUCACUCAUCCAAUCUUUAACUCGUAUCAUAGUGAAACACAGUUGAUGCGUUAUAUGAAGCGAUUGGAGAAUAAAGACGUAUCGUUGGCGAAUUCGAUGAUUCCGUUAGGAUCGUGCACCAUGAAAAUGAACGGAAGUGCUGAGCUGAUUGUGAGUGUUUUGAAAGAGUUUCGAAAUGUGACAUUUUUAUGCAGGCGUUUAUAG